AGGUAACAGCCCUACAUCACCCUCAGUCAGAGCCUGGAGUAGCACUGAAGCUUGCCUUGUUUCAUCGCAUCGAUUCAUUGAUUCAGAUCCUCUCUCCACAGUCUCCACUUCCCAGUAGGAAGCCCGCUGGCUCAGGGUGAAGAUGGUUCCUUGUCACUAGUGGUGUAACACGAAAACUGGGACAUAGACAAGAUGCCUCGCUCCUUCCUCGUGAGAUCCAAACGGUUUAGCAGUUACCAAGACCAGCAUUACAGCGAUGCUGAGAAUGGCCAGCAAACAUUCAGACCGGCAGUCAUUGUGGGUGGUACCAGCCGGGAGGAACCUGUGUCCCUGGGAGGUCCGGACAUUUCAAUCAAAAGACUAGAAACCUCUCGAGGUGUCGAUCCCAUUGCGAAGAACGUCUUGGACCGAGGCUCAGAGUUAGGGAGCUGGAGAGCUCCUCAAACACCCACUGGCUCAAUCAGGGCGAGAGAGACCCUCACAAACCCUCACAGCACAGAGGAGGAAACAUGUGCGAGUCAAACUGAGAAUGCGUGGAGACCUCUCACCUCAGCUGAUAAUUUGUUUCUCUCUCCGGAAUCACCCUGCAGCCUGGGAUUGCGAUUGCGACCGUACACCUGGAGUGCUUAUUCCACAGUUGGACUUAAGCAUCUGGUUGAGGAUUACCUGUCACCGAUGUUAGACCCUCGGAGCACACUCCAGAGCCAGGGCGCUGCGAGGAACAUUGACAAUAACGGCAAUGCUGCCUUCACAGUGGGAACGCUGCACAAAACUCCGUACAACUGCAUCAACUGUGACAAGGUGUUUUCCACUUCUCACGGGCUGGAGGUUCAUGUGCGGAGAUCUCACAAUGGCAGCCAGCUCUUCACCUGCAAGAUAUGUGGCAAAGCCUUUGGACAUGCUCUCAGCCUGGAACAACAUCAAGCUGCACAUUCCCAGGUCAAGUAUCAUGGAUCUGUCACUGUGAGAACGAAUGGAUCUGUCAUUUCCAUUGAGUGUUGUUAUUUCAGGAAGGUCAAUGUGAGCAGUGACCCCAUCAAGCCCACCUGGAUCCCAUUCAGCUCUGCCAAGUCUGGAGAAGGGCAUCUGUCAUUCUCUCUGCGCCUAAUGAAUGGUGACUGGCUUACAGAGCGCACUUUGACUGUCUACUACCUGCGUGAGCUCAUUCACAUUGAGGCCUCUGUUUCAAUGACCAACCACAUGCCCCUGAAGCUCUACAUUGACCCCUGUGUAGCUACAUUGAGCCCAGACAAGGACUCCACCCCGAGAUACAGCAUCAUUGACCACAAUGGUUGCCUCCUGGACAGCAAAGCUGAGGACUCCUUUUCAACCUUUGUGUUGCCAAGAGACGAGCAGGAGCUGGACAAGCUCCGGUUUGACCUGGAUGCGUUCCGUUUCCUUGGAGAUGAACAUUACUUGAUUUUCAUCACCUGUCACCUGAAAGUUGCUCCAGUGGAUCAGAGGGAUUCCAGAAACAAAGCUUGUACUUUCCAGAAGGUGCAGAAUGUCUGGACCCCAAUGGAGGAUUCGAGCAUUGACAUUUGUGCCUGUUACCAUGUGGGUAACUGUGGUGCCACAAGGGGGUUCUUGUUUAGUUCCAGAGGAAGGAGAGAUCUUGUACCUGAAGCUGGUAGGACAUUGAUCCUCUAG